AUGGCGAACGCGAGCGAGCCGGGCGGCGGCGGCGGCGAGGCGGCCGCCCUGGGCCUCAAGCUGGCCACGCUCAGCCUGCUGCUGUGCGUGAGCCUCGCGGGCAACGUGCUGUUCGCGCUGCUGAUCGUGCGGGAGCGCAGCCUGCACCGCGCCCCGUACUACCUGCUGCUCGACCUGUGCCUGGCCGACGGGCUGCGCGCGCUCGCCUGCCUCCCGGCCGUCAUGCUGGCGGCGCGGCGGGCAGCGGCCGCCGCGGGGGCGCCGCCGGGCGCGCUGGGCUGCAAGCUGCUCGCCUUCCUGGCCGCGCUCUUCUGCUUCCACGCCGCCUUCCUGCUGCUCGGCGUGGGCGUCACCCGCUACCUGGCCAUAGCGCACCACCGCUUCUACGCCGAGCGCCUGGCCGGCUGGCCAUGCGCCGCCAUGCUGGUGUGCGCCGCCUGGGCGCUGGCGCUGGCCGCGGCCUUCCCGCCCGUGCUGGACGGCGGCGGCGGCGGCGACGACGAGGACGCGCCGUGCGCCCUGGAGCAGCGGCCCGACGGCGCCCCGGGCGCGCUGGGCUUCCUACUGCUGCUGGCCGUGGUGGUGGGCGCCACGCACCUCGUCUACCUCCGCCUGCUCUUCUUCAUCCACGAUCGCCGCAAGAUGCGGCCCGCGCGCCUCGUGCCCGCCGUCAGCCACGACUGGACCUUCCACGGCCCCGGCGCCACCGGCCAGGCGGCCGCCAACUGGACGGCGGGCUUCGGCCGCGGGCCCACGCCGCCCGCGCUCGUGGGCAUCCGGCCGGCCGGGCCCGGCCGCGGCGCGCGCCGCCUCCUCGUGCUCGAGGAGUUCAAGACAGAGAAGAGGCUGUGCAAGAUGUUCUAUGCCAUCACGCUGCUCUUCCUGCUCCUCUGGGGGCCCUACGUCGUGGCCAGUUACCUGCGGGUCCUGGUGCGGCCCGGCGCUGUCCCCCAGGCCUACCUGACGGCCUCCGUGUGGCUGACCUUCGCGCAGGCCGGCAUCAACCCCGUCGUGUGCUUCCUGUUCAACAGAGAGCUCAGGGACUGCUUCCGGGCCCAGUUCCCCUGCUGCCAGAGCCCCCAGGCCACCCAGGCCACCCUCCCCUGCGACUUGAAAGGCAUCGGUUUAUAAGUGGCUCUCCCGCCACCUGCACCCCAACCCGGCCUCUCCCUUUGGCUUGGACAGUGACGUCUUUUCUCCCCCUUCUGCCCCCUGUUUAAUUUUCUGAGCUGCCUUCAAAACGGCUCUCGAAGUGCAUCAUCACUAGAAUUGUACAGACCCCUUUUGGGGGAGGGUUUUGAAGUCCCAGCCCCACCCCCGCUCCUUGCGAUUGUCCUCCUAAAUAUAUUUUCAUCCUGACAGUAGGCCCUGGAGUCUUGGUACUGGCACUGAUGUCUUUUAUUCCAUGAGUUACUUUUUUUUUUUUUUUCCAAUAAAGGCUAAACUAAUUUUCUUCAUGCAACCUUUCCUAAAGACCAUGGCCAGUUUUCUACAGAAGCUAUUUUUGACAACCUCAAGUGGCAUUACAUUUUGCAGUGAGGUAGAGGAACCCAGGGGGACUUCACAAGUUCGAUUUCUUGAGGGUCUUCUGUUGGCAGCAGGAGAAAGAGGGAAAGUUGUCUCAAGUUCCCUCUGAAUUGCCAUCGGUGGGGUCAGUUGGACUGCUCUGGUUCUUUGAAGGCGCUGAGAAUUUUGUUCAGUAUUGAUAUUGAAUUUAAAGAGCAGAAAUGGGAACGAGUAGCAAGGCAGUCAUUUUUAGUCAGUAACAAGUUAACACAAGAUUUGUUUCCUACCUUGCUUCAUACUACUAGGAAAUGCCCGUCAGCAACAACUGCUCUUUGUAUCAUACCAAUCUUGAGUGGAAACAUUUCUGUAAAACUGUACCUUUCAAAAGAGUAAAAAGUGUUUUGGUUAGUAAUGGUGUGGAGAAGAUACAGUAUUGCAUGUUUUCGUAUGUACUGAUUGUGGUUCACGGAUUGGGAGGGCUCAGAGACAAGCAGAGUACUAAAUCAAAACUGUUUAGGUAUUUUUUGCCAAUAAAAAUUAAAAUAAUUUUAGGGAAACAGUUUGUGCUUUGAAGAGCCCAGUUUUAUUCUGUCUUAUGAAACUAAUUGCCACUUUGAAAAUUGUUAUUCUUUUGUUCAUGGUAUAAA